AUGUCUGCAAUGAUUGAAGCACUGAAUAUUAUCAGCUGGAACAUUAGGGGCGCUGUCAAUGCGAAGGGUAGAAGACGGAGCAUAGAACUGGUGCAACUGCAUCACCCUACUAUUUUUGUUGUCAUGGAAACACACUGUUUGUUCUCCAGCGCUGAGUCAUUUUGGACGAAGCUUGACUAUAAAUUAUGCAAUAAAGUGGAAGCACGUGGUCACUCAGGAGGCAUAUGGAUACUGAUUGCCCAGCAUAGCCAACAAGUGACUAGUGAAGUAGUUGUAUCUCCUCAAGCCUUAAUUGACGACUGCAACCUAUUGGAUUUGGGUGCCACGGGCCUUAGAUUCACUUGGUAUCGGAAUCAACUUGGUUUCCCUCUAGCUAAGCGCCUGGACAGAGCACUUUGCGAUACAAAGUGGCAAACCCUGUUUCCAAAUGCCUUUGUGGAGAACCUUUGUCAAGUCUAUUCUGAUCAUUGUCCCCUACUUGUUAGAUGUGGUAGCCUGAUUGAGACAAAAAAGAAUCGACCCUUCAGGUUCCAAGCUGCCUGGGCAACUCACAAAGGAUUCGAAAAGAUUAUAAAGGAUGCUUGGAAAAGGAGCACACCAACUCUUGUGAAUGGUUUGAACACGGUUUGGAAGGAGGCCAUUGAGUUUAACAGGAAUGUUUUUGGAACCAUUUUCUCAAGAAAACGAGAGAUUCAGGCCAGACUUAAAGGUGCCCAGUUUGAACUAGAGAAAUGA